UAAAUGAACUCUCCAGGUUUUUUGGUACCGAGACGCUAUACCGGGUCAGAACCAUGGAGAUCAGAACUGGAUGAAAAUAAGAACUUCCUGUUUGGGUCAGAACCAGCAAAAUGGAUCAGAACCAGUUCUGCUCUGGCUCCAUGUUUAUCAAGAACAGAUAAACGGUUCUGGUUUCAGCCCAUAAAGUUCUGGACCGCUGACCUGGUAUUACCAGAACCAGAACCAGAACCAAGUGAGGCAGAAAUUAGUUUCUGUUAUCAGAUCAGAAACAUCCUGAGAUGAACAGAACCGGGUUUUUUUAAAGGUUUGAGAGAAGGGGGAAGACAUGCGGCAAAAGUCACCAGGCCGGGAAUCGAACCCGUGACGAGGACCAAGACCUCCCUAUGUGGGCCGUGCUUAACCCCCACGCCACCACAGCACAUCCAGAACAGAACCCUCAGAUAGUUCUAUAGAACACCUGACUGGUUCUGAUGCGUGAAUGUUCUUCUGGACUUUAACACGAUGAGUGACAUCACGGCACCCACAGCAUGACCUUUGACCUGCUGGAGAGAAGUCCGUCCAGAACCUGCUUCAGUUCAGAGUUCUAGCUGAAGGUUCUGUUAAUCUGGGCCUUUGGGAACCGAUCGGCCCAAAUGAACCUGAAACCUUUUCAAGGAACCAGCAGCUGUUUUCUGUAGAACCACGAGACCCAACAAACCAGAACCAGAACCCCAACGGUACCACUGAAACCCAUAUGACCCGCUGCUGAACCUCAGACGGUUUUGGUCCGGUACUGAAGCUUGACGGAUUCUGUCUGUUUCUGCUCUGAGGACGUGGCAGCUCCUCCCCCCCUCUCCCCCUCAUUCUCCUUCUGACGCUGCGGACCAAUCAGAUGAGGAGAGUGGCUGCAGCCGGGCUGUGAUUGGCCAGAAGUUGGGCUGUCUGUGUGAGAGGAGAAGCUCUGCGGAUCAGAACCAGAGGAGAGCCGAACGGCUGCAGCAGCGUCAGUCUGACAGGAUGAUCCGCUCAGCGUUGAUCUGCUGGCUCCUCCUGGUUGCCAGGAGCGAUGGGAAGCCCACAGAGCUGCGGCCCCGGGUCCAUCAGGAGGAACCACUCAGCACGCUGCGACACGACGACAAGCAGAACUUUGACUACGACCACGAGGCGUUCCUCGGGCAAGACGAGGCCAAGGCCUUUGACCGCCUGUCGCCUGGUGAGAGCAAGCGCAGACUCAGCAUCAUCGUGGAUCGGAUUGACAGCAACAAGGAUGACUUUGUCUCGGAGGACGAGCUGAGGCUCUGGAUCGAGGCCGUCCAGAGCAGGCACAUGUUUGAAGACGUUGAGCGCCAGUGGAGCGAGUUUGACCUGAACCGGGACGGCCUGAUCAGCUGGGACGAGUACAGGAACGUCACGUACGGCAGCUACCUGGACGGCCCUCUGACAGAGACGGAGUACAACUACACCCACAUGAUGGCGAGGGACGAGAGGCGCUUCAAGGUCGCCAACAGGGACGGAGACCUGAGUGCAAACCGGCAGGAGUUCAUGGCCUUCCUCCACCCAGAGAACCAUGACUACAUGAAGCAUGUGGUGGUGCAGGAAACCAUGGAAGACAUAGACAAGAACGGAGAUGGCUUCAUCGACCUCAAGGAGUACAUCGGUGACAUGUUCACCGCAGAGAACGGAUUGGAGGAACCGGAGUGGGUCGCCUCGGAGCGUCAGCAGUUCUCAGAGUUCAGAGACAAGAACCAGGAUGGGAAGAUGGACCGGGAGGAAACUCUGGACUGGAUCCUCCCGGCAGACUACGAUCAUGCCAUCGCCGAGGCCAAACACCUGCUGUACGAGUCCGACUCCAACAAGGACGGGAGACUGACCAAGGAGGAAAUCCUCAACAAGUUUGACCUGUUUGUGGGAAGCCAGGUGACGAACUACGGCGAGGCGUUGCUGCGACACGAUGAGUUCUAGAAACACCCCGAGUCCAUCGCUAAUUUAUUACUGACCUGUAGAGGAGAGAAGUUCUGCUCCUGGUUCUGAUCUGGUCUGCCUGGCAGAUGUUUGCCUGAGGAAGACCUGAAGGAUUAUUCCACUCUAAGUCUGGUUCUGCUCCAAGCUGGGACAAGCAAACCAAAAGAACAUACAACCUCCCUCAGUUCAAAGGUACUGCUCCAUGGUCCACUCAAAGACCAACCCACAUCAUCAGCCCUCCACCAUCGUGCCUUACAGCUGGGCUGAAAAUCUCUGUCCAAACAACCAGCUAGGCAUCAUGGGAUUACCUGAGAUGGAGCUUGUUAGGUUCUGACCUCUAACCCCAUUAAUUAAUUAAUUAAUUAAUUAGCAUUAAUUAGCAGUUACUUCCCCUCCUGUCCUCCAUGUGUCACCGCUCACAGUCUGACCUUUAACCUUUGAACUGAAGGAGAGUGUCAGUGCUCAGAUGUUGGUUCUGGAUGGAAGCAGUCAGGUUCAUACAGAGCUCCCACACCUCAAAUGGCCACCAGAGGGCAGCAGAAGAUAACAGCGCAGUACCAGCCAGUCUGGGUUGGACCCCUGCCCUGGUACCGCCAGGUCCUCGGUGCUCUGCCCCCUGGUGGCUGUUGUAGCUCUUCCUGGUUUCACAUCAACCCGGUUCUGUUGGUGAGCUUGUUUAACUCUCAGCUGUUCUACAGAACUGUUUCUCUGGUUUGGACCCGCCUCCAUCUGUUCCUACCUCGCCUACUGUUGCUGACUGUUUUGUUGGUUUGAAGACACAACUUGUAUUUUUGCAGAAUUGAGGACAAGCAGACAAUAAAUUGAAUAGAUUUUUAUUA